AUGCUGUACGCCACGCCCUUUUUCUUCAUUUUGAUCCCGACGUCUUCUUUCUUUUUAAUUCUUUCGUUGCCUCUUUCUUCUCUGUUUGCAGUCACGGUGAACGAAGUGGAGGCGCUUCACGAGCUGUUCAAGAAUCUCAGCAGCUCCGACGAAGACGGACGCAUUCACAAGGAAGAACUUCAAAUGGCUUUAUUUAUGACCCCAAAUGGAGAGAACCUUUUCCUCAACAGAGUUUUUUAUCUUUUUGAUGAGAAGAAAGAUGGUGUUAUUGAAUUUGAGGAGUUCGUUCAUGCACUAAGUGUUUUCCAUCCUUAUGCUCCUCUAGAGGAUAAAAUAAACUUUACAUUCAGAUUAUAUGACUUGAAUGAAACAGGCUUCAUUGAGCGAGAAGAAGUUAAGCAGAUGUUGGUUGCCAUUUUGGUUGAAUCUGAGAUGGCACUUCCAGAUGAACUUCUUGAAGUCAUAAUUGAUAAGGCAUUUGAAGAUGCUGAUGUUAACAGGGAUGGCAGAAUUGAUCAAGAUGAGUGGAAAAAUUUUGUUAUUCGCCACCCAACACUUUUGAAGAAUAUGACUCUUCCUCAUUUGCAGAACCUGAGUAAAGUAUUCCCAAGUUCUGUUUUCAACAUUGAAGUUGGAGCUUGUAAAACCUGGUGAUUUCAUGGUGGCCCAG